AUGGCAAACAUCAACUGGCGAACGAUCAAUAUCGACGCCCUCGACCCCGAAUCCGCGACCAACUUCGACCUCUCCACGCUGACGCCUGCUGUCCAACCUGUCUCGACUAGCGAUGUUCAGACGCUAUCCGGCCAGAUACGACAAUUAUUACGAGGAGGAGACAGCGAGGGAGCCUUGAAAGGAGCGUUGGAGAAUGCGCCGUAUGGAGCCGACGAGCAAGGGAAGGCCAUACACCUCACAACAGUCACCGAAAUCCUCCAGAACAUACGGCAAGCCGAGAUGACGCCCAUGUUACAACGAAUGUACCAGUCGGACGGCGGCUCGGAGAUGUGCGACACGCUCAUGAAAUAUCUCUAUAAGGGCAUGGCGCAAGGUGCACCGUCAGGAUCAGAGUCGCGGACAAACGCGGCAGGUGGUAGGAACAUUACGCCGCAAGCGACUGGCUUUACCCAGGCGGGAGGCAGGAAUUUUGGUGGUGGGGAAGGAGGUGGACAAGCGAUGAGUGUGUUGCUGAGUUGGCAUGAGAAGGAAUCAGCUCCUCUACGAGAUCAAGCCAACUUUUUCUCCGAUGUUGCGCAGUCUUCUGCGUUUGCCAAACCACGACGGCGGUCAUCCUCUGCCAUACCAGCCAGGGCAGCAGUACUCAACACCGCGGAACUUCUCGAGAACAUCCUGGUCCACCUGCCAAUGCUGGACAUCCUGACAUCCCGAAGAGUCUCAACCAUCUUUCGAGACGUAGUCAACGACUCCAUCGCUCUGCAGCGCAAACUCUUCUUCAUGGCAGAUGCGCCUCCCCAGCUCUGGGGAAUAGGUCUGGAGACCAUCCCAUGUGUCAUGCAACAGUACGAUCCGGACGUCUACAGAUCGUUGGUCUCAAAAUCAGAUCGAUGCGCGCAGGAUAGCGGAUCAGACCUGGAGUCUCUAGUCACGACUCCUGUCAGAUUAAACCCUCUCCUGGAACUUCGCAAGGAGACAUCGAGGCCAAUCCGUCUUCCGCCUAGAGCUUCGGAUCAUUACACACUCUGUAAGCUGCGAAGAGACCUGCCUGAUCCACUGCGUCAGCCCUCCUGGCGGAAGAUGUAUCUGAGCGAUCCGCCGUGCGAUGUGAUUCAGGCGUGUGUGGCUUUCGAGUGCGAGGAGAGUAAGAAAGGUGGAUGGCCUCAAUAUUCCGUUGAGGAAAUGUUGAAGGAAGAUGUGCGUUUUUGCGAAAUUGAGAAGAAGAAUGGAGAAGAAGUUGACACGAAAAUGGACUUGAAGAAAUACGGUUGGACCUUUGGUGCCUUGGUCGACACAACACUAAGUGAUGGGAAGAUGAUAGGCAGGGACGGGAAGAAAUGGGGUGGAGUAGACCAGGGAAUUGAAGAGUAUGUGCGAAGUUGGGAGCUCGCUGGUGGUGGCGCAGCGUACGUUGAGCGGAAGUGUUCUGACCUUCAGCUGUGCAACGUCUCGGUGCCGACUGAGGAUGAGUGGCGGAUGAUGGAGGAGGGUGGAGGCGGCUCUUCACAAUAG